CAUUAAGGCCACGCCCCUCUUCUGCAUUCUAGUGCAGCCCUGGUUACGCCUCCUCUGGCUCAGUCACUCAGCUACCUAUAGGUGACUGGAGGUGUAUAGUUGUCCUCAUCUGGAUCAUGCUGAUGUAGCCCCAACCCCACCUCCCUACCCAUCCCAUGAUGUCCAACGAAACCCGACAGAGCAAAUUGGCCGAGGCCAAGGGAAAGAAACAACAGAACCGAGCUCAGCUGGAAGAAGAAAAGACGGCAAGCCUCCAACAUCAGGAAGCCCUAAGGAGGGAGCUAGAGGCCCAGGUUCAUACCAUACGAAUCCUUACAUGUCAGAAAACGGAGCUUCAGACGGCACUCUAUUACAGCCAGCAUGCUGUCAAGCAGUUGGAAGGAGAGUCCAGGGAUCUGAACAGCCGCCUGCAUGAUUCAUGGAUGUUUGCAGGAGAGUUAGAGCAGGCUCUCUCUGCUGUGUCUACACAGAAGAAGAAGGCGGAUAGGUACAUCGAGGAGUUAACCAAGGAGAGGGACGCCCUGAGUCUGGAACUGUACAGGAACACCAUAACCAAUGAGGAGUUGAAGGAGAAAAAUGCCGAACUACAAGAAAAACUUCGACUUGUAGAAUCUGAAAAGUCUGAGAUCCAGCUCAACGUAAAGGAGCUAAAAGGGAAGCUGGAGAGGGCCAAGCUCCUGCUGCCACAGCAGCAGCUGCAGGCGGAGGCUGACCACCUGGGUAAGGAGCUGCAGAGUGUGUCAGCAAAGCUCCAAGCCCAGGUGGAAGAGAACGAGUUGUGGAACCGCCUGAACCAGGAACAGGAGGAGAAGAUGUGGAGGCAGGAGGAGAAGAUACGGGAGAAGGAGGAGAAGAUACGGGAGAAGGAGGAGAAGAUGCGGGAGAAGGAGGAGAAGAGGCGGGAGAAGGAGGAGAAGAUGCGGGAGAAGGAGGAGAAGAUGCGGGAGCAGGAGGAGAAGAGGCGGGAGAAGGAGGAGAAGAUGCGGGAGAAGGAGGAGAAGGAGGAGAAGAUGCAGGAGAAGGAGGAGAAGAUGCGGGAGAAGGAGGAGAAGAUGCGGGAGAAGGAGGAGAUGAUGCGGGAGAAGGAGGAGAAGAUGCGGGAGAAGGAGGAGAUGAUGCGGGAGAAGGAGGAGAAGAUGCGAGAGAAGGAGGAGAAGAUGCGGGAGAAGGAGGAGAAGAUGCGGGAGCAGGAGGAGAAGAUGUGGGAGCAGGAGGAGAAGAUGCGGGAGCAGGAGGAGAAGAUGCGGGAGAAGGAGGAGAAGAUGCGGGAGAAGGAGGAGAAGAUGCGGGAGAAGGAGGAGAUGACGCGGGAGAAGGAGGAGAAGAUGCGGGAGAAGGAGGAGAAGAUGUGGGAGAAGGAGGAGAAGAUGCGGGAGAAGGAGGAGAAGAUGCGGGAGAAGGAGGAGAAGAUGCGGGAGAAGGAGGAGAAGGAGGAGAAGAUGCAGGAGAAGGAGGAGAAGAUGCGGAGGCAGGAGGAGAUGAUGCAGGAGAAGGAGGAGAAGAUGAACGAGCAGGAGAAGAUACAGGAGCAGGAGGAGAAGAUAUGGAGGCAGGAGGAGAAGAUACGAGAGCAGGAGGAGAAGAUACGAGAGCAGGAGGAGAAGAUGUGGGAGAAGGAGGAGAAGAUGCGGGAGAAGGAGGAGAAGAUGUGGGAGAAGGAGGAGAAGAUGCGGGAGAAGGAGGAAAAGAGGCGGGAGCAGGAGGAGAAGAUAUGGAGGCAGGAAGGGAAGAUAAGGGAGCAGGAGGAGAAGAUACGGGAGCAGGAGGAGAAGAUACGGGAGCAGGAGGAGAAGAUGCGGGAACAGGAGGAGAAGAUGUGGGAACAGGAGGAGAAGAUGCAGGAACAGGAGGAGAAGAUGCAGGAACAGGAGGAGAAGAUGCAGAGGCAGGAGGAGAAGAUGUGGGAGCAGGAAGUGAGGCUGCGGCAGCAGGAGGAGAAGAUGCAGGAACAGGAGGAGCACCUGGAAGCUGCCAUCUACCGAGCAGAUGACAAGAAGGCAAAGACAAUAAACAUGUAAAAGCCGGCAGCAAGGCCUGGAGAAGAGUAAGCCGCCAUGUGACUGUUUAGAAUAUAGUCUCAGCACAAACCUGAAAAAAAUAUUUAUUUAUUUUAAUUUUUAUUGAUUUUUAUUU